AUGUACGGCGACAGCUUCACCGUCUUCGAGCGCUUCAGCCGCGCAAUGGACUGGCUCCUCUCAUCCAACGCACGCGACGAGCGCGGACUCUCCUACAUUGCCCAAGGCGACUGGUGCGACCCCAUGAACAUGGUCGGCCCCAAAGGCGUCGGCGUAUCCGGCUGGCUCACCGUCGCAACCGCACACGCCGUCAACCUCUGGGCAGACAUCUGCUCGCAAUACGGCCAAGGCGAGGCAGCAACCCGGUACCGCGCCGGGGCCCAACAGGUCAAUGAAUCAGCAAACGAGCACCUCUGGGACGGCGACUGGUACGCCCGCGGCAUCACAGACGACAACGUCACAUUUGGCAUCAAGCAGGACAACGAGGGCAGAAUCUGGCUGAACCCACAAGCCUGGUCCAUCCUGGGCGGUGCGGCCUCAGCCGACAAGAUUGAAAAGAUGCUGGAGCAGGUCGACGGCCAACUCGACACGCCCUAUGGCGUCGUCAUGUUUGCUCCGCCCUACACAGCCAUGCGCGAAGACGUCGGCCGCGUCACGCAAAAGUAUCCGGGCCAGGGCGAAAAUGGCUCCGUGUACAAUCACGCCGCUGCCUUUUACGCCUGGGCUCUAUACGGCAUUGGCGAGGUCGACCGCGCGUACGACACGCUGCGGAAGAUGAUACCGGGGCCGGACGAAGAGGAUCUGGUACGGCGCGGGCAGUUGCCCGUCUUCAUUCCGAAUUACUAUCGUGGGGGAGCCGGGCUGGCCAAGUUGGAUCGGACGGCGGGGCGGUCGAGGAGGGGUUGA